CCACAGCGGAGUCUCUGCCGUUCACGCUGCGCGCGGCAGCUCCCGCGACUCCCGGCGGCUCCAGUAGCGGCGCCGUUUCCCUGCCCGCGCUUCUCCCGGAGGCACGGCGCGGGCACCUCCCGCCGCAGCGCGGUUCCCCCGCCGCUCGGGCUCUGGCCGUAGCACGGCUCAUGCCUCCGGGCGCGGAGCGCUCAGGUGGGCCGGCCGUGGCGGGGAGAUAGGCCCCCGGGGGCGGCGGCGGCUGGACCAUGGCCCGGAGACCCGGGGCGCCGGCCGCCUACGGGGAGGACUUCUCCUUCGUCAGUCCGCUGGUGAAAUACCUGCUCUUCUUCUUCAACAUGCUCUUCUGGGUGAUUUCCAUGGUGAUGGUUGCCGUGGGAGUCUACGCUCGGCUGAUGAAGCACGCAGAAGCAGCGCUGGCCUGCCUGGCCGUGGACCCGGCCAUCCUGCUGAUCGUGGUGGGCAUCCUCAUGUUCCUGCUCACCUUCUGCGGCUGCAUCGGCUCUCUCCGGGAGAACAUCUGCCUCCUGCAGACGUUCUCCCUCUGUCUCACCAUCGUGUUCCUGCUACAGCUGGCAGCCGGGGUCCUGGGCUUCGUCUUCUCAGACAAGGCGCGGGGGAAGGUGAGUGAGAUCAUCAAUAACGCCAUUGUGCACUACCGAGAUGACUUGGACCUGCAGAACCUCAUUGAUUUUGGCCAGAAGAAGUUCGGCUGCUGUGGAGGGAUUUCCUACAAGGACUGGUCCCUGAACAUGUACUUCAACUGUUCGGAAGACAACCCCAGCCGUGAGCGCUGCUCUGUGCCUUACUCCUGUUGCUUGCCUACCCCCAACCAGGCAGUGAUCAACACCAUGUGCGGCCAAGGUAUGCAGGCCCUUGACUACUUGGAAGCUAGUAAAGUCAUCUACACCAAUGGCUGUAUUGACAGACUGGUCAACUGGAUACACAGCAACCUCUUCGUACUUGGUGGUGUGGCACUGGGCCUGGCCAUCCCACAGCUGGUGGGAAUCCUGCUGUCCAUGAUCCUCGUGAGUCAGAUCAAAGAUCAAAUCAAACUACAGCUCUACAACCAGCAGCACCGGGCUGACCCAUGGUAUUGAGAAUCCAUCCUGCACCUCCUCGUUAGGGCAACAGGCGAGCCUCAUCAACCAACGGCAAUGGUUACAGCUCUCAGCACCAAAUGGAGAUUUGGGUUCCAGCCCCACAAGCGACGGCCCAGUGGCAAGAAGCAAACUCCAGAUGCCAGAAGGCAGGGUACACAGGUGGCUCAAGUCUGGGAAGGAUGUGCCUCCUCUCCCCAUCCUAGCUCUCAGCAUUGUUAUUUUGUAUUCUUUCUACCCUCCACCAUUUGGGUUUCUGUUCUUGUUUUGUCUGAGCAGAGAUGCUUGAGCAGAGCAGUCGCACAGAGUUGUGGGGGCAACAGGCUUUCCACCGAAGCACUGCAACUGACAGACGUGCUGAGGCUGCCACUGAGCUUGCCGCACAUACUCGCAUUCUGGCUGUUGCCAGUGCGCCCUGCCUGGAGUCCGGUUGGCAUGAUACCAGCUCCAGAAGGGGAGGGAGUGGAGCAGGCAAUGAGCGUGGGGGUCGGCUGGGGACAGUCGUAUGUGCUGGGGAGGAGGGGAAGACCCUGUGUUUACUAACUGCCUGUGCUGCCAUCCUCCCAGGUAGUCAGAGUGAGCUACAUCCUGCCCCUCCCUCAUUUCCAUGGAAACGUGGCAGCAACUGCAAGGGGUACAACAAGCAGCCAAAUUCACCCCGUCUCCCCUCCUUUAAAAAAUGUCUGGAACCAUGGUCUCUAUCUUCUGCAGCCAGCAGAGGUGGGACUGAGCCAUACGUCCCCUUGAACUGCACCCCUGUAAGGCCCUCGCUCUCCAGUAAGUGGGUUUCUUUUUUUUAACCUUGGCAGUGUGCAGAGAAAGAGAGGUAACACCCCUUCGCCGCCCGUUCCUCUGCACCAGAGCUAGCUCAGUAUUUCUACAGUGUAAGCAGGGAUCUUGCUGGGGCUGGGGGAGCCAGAAAUGGCAAUAAAAGUUUGUUGACCUGGGCUAA